UGGCGGAUGAAUGUUUUGGUUUUGACUUGACUGCCAAGAAUUAUAAAAUAGUUGUAUUAACGCAUUAAUUGUUGCUUGGAAAGCGUAAAGACUGUUCUAAAAUGCCUUGGUACUUUCCCUGGUCAGACGCGAUCAAGAAAAGGGCCUGUAGAUACCUUCUACAGCGUUACAUGGGACAUUUUCUUCAAGAAAAAGUGUCACUCGAACAGCUGACUGUCGAUUUAUACAAUGGAACUGGCACCAUAAAGGGUUUAAGCCUAGAUGUGAAGGCCCUGAAUGAGACUCUAGAUGGAGUGAACAUGCCUUUUGAGAUUGUGGAUGGCUAUGUUGGGGAGAUAACAGUGUCCAUUCCAUGGAAGAGCCUGACCAGUGACAGCACCUGUGUGGAGGUUGACAGUUUGGAACUUACUCUCCAGCCAAAACAGAGAAAUGAUGAGGUGCACUUGGACAGUAUGUUCAUGAGUAUGACCAGCAGUAUCCAGCUGGCUCAGGAGAUGUUACAAGAGGGGCACACAGAGGGGGAGCAAGCAGCAGAGACUGCUCAGCCAUUUGAGGGGUUGGAGAUGUUUGCUCAGACUAUAGAGUCAGUUCUUUGUAGGGUAAAGUUGAAUUUCACAGACACCAUAGUCAGACUUGAACAUUUACCUGCUGAGGCCAAGUGUGGAAUUGCUUUGGAAAUAAGAAUAAAUAGGAUCGAGUAUUUUGAUGAGUCUGCUACUGAUCAAGGCAGUCCAGUAGAUGAUCCCAUGCAGCAUGAUGUGUAUAAACCAGCAGCCAUUGCACACAAGAACUUCCAUAUCACAGGAAUGACUUUCUUUUGUGAUGAAUUUGCUAAGACAUUUUCUAGAAGCAAUUCCAUGGACUCCCAACCUUAUAGCUUCCAGUCUGCCGACACAGAACUGAACCUUUCCUCCACAUCCUCUAUCAUAACCAGGCAACCCCAAAGAGCCCCUAUUAACACCCUGUUGGGGCCCCAUGAGAAAGCGCCCACUUCAGAACCCCUGCAGAUUGCUGCAUGUCAGGGGAAACAGAAUGUGAAAAUACGGAUUAAACAANCCAUAGUGAUUUGUAUCUCCCCUCAAAACAGAAAGCUGUUAAAUUGA